CUCAAUUUCUUUUCCAUAGUACCAUCGUUUAUAUUUAUACUGAUUCCUCAUUCUAUAGACCACUUGUCACUUUAACACUGUUUAUAUUCACCAUCCCAUCUUCACCAAAGGAAAUUACAUUUUUAUAAAUUUUCUAUUCAGCUUUCCAACUGGUUUUGAUCACAAAAAUCUGUUAAAAAACUAUUUAUAAUGUUAAUUCAAAAUUUUGGACGAAGACAGUUUUUAAUGAAUAUAUUUGAUAGAUUAUAUUUUUUAAAAAUUUACUAUCACUACGAAACAGAAAACACUAUAAUGAAAUUCAUUUACUACAUUCUUCAACUAUUUAGUGCAAAAGUGCUAUUUUUGUAGGAUUUCAAACCUGUGUAAUGUUAAUAAAAUAUCUCGCUGUUUAAGAGUUUUUAUUGCGAAGUGAGUUUUUCUUAUACAACAGAAAUGUUAGGCACCAACAGCACCUGUUCAUUGCUGUUAGGGCUUUUUUUUUAGAGUCAAAUUUAAAUUGCUUACACUAUUAUAGUUGGUAUUUAAACGGUGUAAUAUGUGGCAACGUGAAAUUCCAGCAAAAUAAAAUUAUUGCACAAGCCAAUAAAAAACAACUUACAAGUUAUGAAAGAGAUGAUAAAAUUAGAAUUAUAUUUAGCUACAUGAGAAUCCAAAUUGUUAUCAGAUUACAUACAAAUUUUUAUCAUUUAUUUGACACAAAAAUAUGAUUUAUGGUGCUUCAUAACAUUUUGUCUAAUCAGAAAGGAAAUAUUGAUAACAAAGGCAGCUUUUUAACAGUUCUUGCUCAAGAUUAGCAUUAUAAAGGUGUCGAGGUUCGCUGCCUAGAAAACAAAACCCACUAUGUCUGCUGCAAUCACUUGUGCAUUUCUCCUGCUGCUUACCAUCUCUUCCCAGGAUGCAGCAGACCUGCACAAGAAUAGGAGGAGACAUUUCAAGGUCCAGCAUGAAGUCGCACCAGCCAACACAGAUCACACUCAAAGUUCCGUGGCGCCACGCAUCAUUAACGGCCAGCGAGCGUCGCUGGGGCAGUUCCCGUGGUACGCGGCGACCGUGGGGGACGGCAUGGCGCUGUGCGGGGGAGCCCUCGUCGCCGGCAGCUGGGUCCUGACCGCUGCACACUGCACCUACUCGUUUAGCGAAUUUGAAAUCUACGUAGGCUCUGUAACGCUGGACCUUGACAGCGGGCCAGUCCAAGUGACCACGCUCAAGAGGACGCACGCUGGCUACAACAGGACCACGCACGCUAAUGACAUAGCCCUUCUGCAGCUUACAACAGCAGUCUCGUUCACAGCAAGCAUCAAACCAAUCAGAUUACCAUCUUCUGCAGAUGGCAGCAAGACAUACGAGGGACAAACUGGAGUUGUCUGCGGCUACGGACUAACUUCACAAAGUGGUGAGCAAAGCGACAACCUGAUGUAUGCAGAGCUACCUGUAAUCAGCAGGCAAGCCUGUGCAGAGUUUUAUGGUUCAAUUGUAAGAAGCGAGACACUUUUCUGCACUCUGGGGGAGCAUGGCACAGCCACCUGCCAGGGGGACAGCGGUGGUGCUCUGGCAAUACGUGAAGAUGACGGCGAGUACACACAGAUAGGUUUGGUCUCGUUCGGAUCUUCAAAAACAUGCUCCAACUAUCCCACUGGUUACACCAACGUUUCCAGUCACCUCCAGUGGAUCAAGUCGCAGAUCGGAAACACAUUCUCACACCCCGUACUGGAUAUUGACAUGGUGUACUAAUAUUAUGAUUAGCAUAAAAUAGAAAAAAUAACAAAUUAUUAAACAUAUGUAAAUCAAUAUAUAUAAUAAAAAAUG